CCUGAGGUGAGCGUGAGCGGCGCCAUCUUGGUUUGGGUCCCGCUGGCCAGAGAGGGGGUCGCCGAGGUAGGUGUAGAACUUGGCAUUUAUCCCUAUUAAAUUUCAUUGUGUUGAUUUCAGCCCAGUGCUUUAGCCUAUGAAGAUCACAUUGAACUUUGUUUUUGUCUUUCAAGCAGUGUGAAUCAUGGAGAACUAUCACAAGUCCAAGACUGUGGAGAAGCCAGCUCCUCUUCCAUUCUCCAAUUUGCCCUCUGAUAUAAUUGAAAUGAAAGUGAAGGAUGGCAGCAAAAUCCGGAAUUUGAUGGGCUAUGCCAUUGGCAAGAUGGAGUCGGACACAAUGAGGCAAGUCCUCUUCAGCGGUGCUGGCAAAGCCAUCAGCAAGACUAUCACCUGCGUGGAGAUAAUGAAGCGGAGGCUCAGAAAUCUUCACCAGAUCACCAAAGUGUUCUUCAGGCAAACAGAGGAGAUCUGGGAACCCAUCGUACCAGAGGCUGGCCUGGAUCCUUUGACUGUAAAGCGCAAUAUCCCUGCUAUUUGUGUCUUGCUGAGCAAAGAUCCAUUAGACACUCAUGAGCCAGGCUAUCAAGCUCCCGGAUCCUUUGAUGCCUUCUGGUUGGAAACACUGAAAUCUGAGUCCCAGGGCCAAGCUAAGCGGAAGCCAGGUGGAGGAAGAGGGGCCGGCCGUACUGGAAAACACCCUCGCUCUGUCGGCCGGGAGGACUCCUACCCAAAGCCCUGAUAAAGCCGAACUUCGGAAGGCAAAUAGUUUUCUGUAGAACCAAGGAAAGCCACUUGGUUUUCAGGUUAAAAUCGGAAGCGUUGGAAACAGCGUUGGAAAUGGUACCCCACCACUGGUGAAUCAUUUCAUUGUGACUAGAAAACAUUAUUAGGCUCCUUGUAACAUGGAGCCUCAAGACUUUUAAUAUUUCUUGCUUUAAAACAAGGGACAUUAACCUUCCUGAGCAUUCAAGAGAAGGAUCGUAUUUUGAUUCAGCGUCAAAAUGCAAGGUGAUUUUGUUUUCCCUGUGUGAUUGUGCCAAGGGACUGUUUGAUAUGUUCUUCAUGAGGAAAAAGACAAAUUGUCUCAGAAGCUACUUGUAACACUUAAGAGCUGUAGAUGGUAGGUUCUGAAAUCAUAUUUUUGUUAAUAAAGCCAGGAGCAAUGUGUAUUUUUCA